AUGCGCUUCACCAUCACUCUACUCUUCGCCGGCGUGGCCUCCGCCUUCCUCGUCUCGCGACAAAACGUACCGCAGUGCGCUUUGACGUGCAUUGGCAAUGCCGACCUCGGAGGCUGCUCAGCGACGGACAACCAAUGCCUGUGCACGAACCAGCAGUUCAUACAGAGCACAACUACAUGCAUUGAGAGCACCUGCUCGGGUAGUGACCUUGCCGCUGCAGAGGCCUUUGCGCAACAGUCGUGCGCCUCGGUCGGUGUUACGCUCACCGCGCCUGGAAGUGCCUCCGCUACGCAGACCAGCGCUAACCCCUCUGGCUCUGGCAGCAAUAGCGCGACCUCCACUGGUAGCAACAGCGCGUCUACUCCGUGA